CGCACUGAUACGGAUUAACUAAUCUUAGCUCCCAAUCUCCCACACAGUCUGUCCCAGUCAGCAGUGUGAGCACCGAGCGUCACCCAAGCUGCCGGUUCUUCUCGACACCCGGGCGCCACGCAAGGUAAGUCAACAGCUCCUGAAUCCUGAUCCAAAUCAGUUCCCGUUCACCAUGGACGCCGCCGGGUCCUCGUCAUCCUCGCCGCUGCGCAUCGCGAUCGUGCCGUGGCUCGCGUUCGGCCACCUGCUCCCGUACCUGGAGCUCGCGGAGCGCCUGGCCGCGCGCGGCCACCGCGUGUCCUUCGUCUCCACGCCGCGGAACCUCGCGCGCCUCCCGCCGCUGCGGCCCGCCGCGGCCCCGCGCGUGGACCUGGUCGCGCUGCCGCUCCCGCGCGUCGAGGGGCUCCCCGACGGCGCCGAGUCCACCAACGACGUCCCCGACGACGAGCGGGAGCCCCUCUGGAAGGCCUUCGACGGCCUCGCCGCGCCCUUCGCGGGGUUCCUCACGGCUGCGUGCGCGGACGAGGGCACGAGGCCCCAUUGGAUCAUCGCCGACAGCUUCCACCACUGGGCCGCCGCCGCCGCCCUCGAGCACAAGGUGCCGUGUGCGAUGCUUCUCCCGACGGCUGCUCUGAUAGCUGCCAGUGCCGGAGCCGGCCGUCCUUCGCCGGAGGAGCACGCCGAGCAGCAACCGCAGCCGCGUUACGAGCAGGAGGGGCGGGCAACGCUCUUGACCGACGGUGACAUGUCAGGUAUGUCAAUCAUGCAGCGCUCCGUCUUGACGCUAGAGAGGUGCAAGCUCACGGCCAUCCGGAGCUGCGUCGAGUGGGAGCCAGAGUGCCUCCCGCUGGUGUCAGAGUUCAUCGGCAAGCCGGUCGUGCCCCUCGGCCUUCUGCCGCCAUCGCCCGACGGAGGCCGCCGUGCAGCCAACACGAACGGAGAAGACGCCACCAUUCGCUGGCUGGACGCUCAACCGCCCAACUCGGUCGUGUACGUCGCGCUGGGGAGCGAGGUGCCGCUGCCAGUGGAGCAGACGCACGAGCUGGCUCUCGGGCUAGAGCUCUCCAAGACACGCUUCCUAUGGGCUCUCAGGAAGCCCAGUGGCGUCCUCGACGCAGAGAUGCUUCCUAUGGGCUUCCAAGAGCGCAUCCACGGUCAUGGGCUAGUGACCACCGGGUGGGUUCCGCAAAUGAGCAUACUGGCCCAUGGCGCCGUGGGCUCGUUCCUGACGCAUUGUGGGCGGAACUCGCUUAUCGAAGGGCUUUUGUUUGGGCACCCUCUGAUUAUGCUGCCCAUUUUCGGGGAUCAAGGGCCCAAUGCCCGUCUUAUGGAGGGGAAGAAGGUAGGAUUGCAGGUAGCAAGGAAUGAGAAUGAUGGGUCAUUCGAUCGCAGCGUUGCGAGCGCAGUCCGGAGCGUCAUGCUAGAGGAAGACGCGAGAAAGAGCUUCGUAGCAAAUGCCCUAGAGAUGCAGAAGAUUGUAGCCGACAAAGAACGCCAUGAGAGGUACAUCGACGAAUUCAUACACCAACUUAGAUCUUACACGUCAGCCCCGACUUCUGACCGAAACUAGCUUCGUAUGAAUAAGGAAAAUUGAUGUGUUUCAAAUAAGGACGUUGACAUUGAUGUGUGUUAAAUAGUUUUCAACUUCUACACCUCUAAAUUAGUUUCAUUCAAUUUGUCAUGAUAUAUAUUUUUUCAUAGUGUAUUUACUUGAUACUGUAGAAUCUCCUGCAAAUACAUGUUCCUAAAUAUAAGGUUCUAGUUUUGUUCCA